AUGCCUCACGCCACGCUCACACGCGAGUCAGUCGCUUCGCACAACACACCAGAGGACCUCUGGUGCAUCAUCGACCACAAAGUCUACGAUCUGAGCGAUUUCGUCGACGCCCACCCUGGCGGCUCCGUCGUGCUCGAGCAGGUAGCUGGUCAAGAUGCGACAACGGCUUUCUACAAUCUACACAGACAAGAAGUUUUGGACAAGUACCAAGAGCUAUGCAUCGGCACAAUCGAGGGCGAGAAAUCAGAAGUCAUCGUCGGAAAGCCUGGCGAUCUGAGCCCAGUACCAUACGCAGAACCGUUGUGGUUGCGACCGCAGUUCAAGAGCCCUUACUUCAAGGAAUCGCAUCGGGCACUGCAAAAGGAGGUCCGCAAGUUUGUCGACACACACGUCACACCCGAGGCACAACAAAAGGAGAAGGAUGGUACAUAUAUCAGCCAAGAGUUGAUCAACAAGAUGGCUGAGAACGACAUGCUGGCCAUGCGUCUUGGGCCUGGAAAGCAUCUCCACGGCAAGAACCUGAUGGGUGUUGUCAAGGGCGAGGAAUUUGACUACCUCCAUGACCUUAUUCAGGCACAGGAAGGUGUGCGCGCAAACGCUCGUGGAUUCCAAGACGGCAACAUGGCUGGUAUGACCAUCAGCUUGACAGCCGUCUUGCAGUGGAUGCCUGAAUCUGAGCUGAAGACGCGCGUGGUAAACGAGGUGUUGACUGGCAAGAAGAAGAUGUGCCUAGCCAUCACCGAGGCUUUUGCUGGAUCUGAUGUCGCUGGAAUUAGGACCACUGCGACUCUGACCCCAGACGGCAAGCAUUACAUUGUACGAGGCACAAAGAAGUGGAUCACCAAUGGAAUGUUCUGCGACUAUUUCGUUACAGGUUGCAAGACGGAAAAGGGCUUCUCUGUCCUACUCAUCGAACGCGAUGAGGCCGUAGAGACCAAGCUCAUCAAGACGAGCUACUCCACAACAGCAGGUACCGCAUUCGUCGAGUUCAACGAUGCCAAGGUACCAGUAGACCAUCUUCUGGGUGAAGAGCACAAGGGCUUUGUUGUUAUCAUGAGUAACUUUAACCACGAGCGCUUCAUGAUGGCUUGCGCUGUUAUCCGACAGUCUCGCACCGUUGUAGAGGAGUGCUUGAAGUGGUCUAACCAGCGAAUUGUUUUUGGCAAGAAGCUCAUAGAGCAACCUGCCAUCCGUCAGAAGCUUGCAAAGAUGAUCUCACACGUCGAAGCCAACCAAGCAUGGCUAGAAUCUAUCGCCUACCAAAUGACGCACAUGUCGUACGCGCAACAAUCAAAACAUCUCGGCGGACCCAUUGGUCUACUCAAGUCGUAUGCUACUCGUUCUGCACACGAGAUUGCAGAUGAAGCCGUCAACAUCUUCGGAGGUCGCGGAAUCACCCAGGGUGGAAUGGGUCGAGUCAUUGAACAAUUCCACCGCACCUACAAAUUCGAUGCUAUUCUUGGGGCCGGUCAAUUCGCCGCCACAACUCGCCGAUCACAUCAGCGUCAUCUCACACGCUCGCCGCACCCGCACACGACACCUGCCCGUACUUGGCUCUCCGCAACUGCCACUAUGCGCCGUUCAUCCAGCAUCAGCAGCAUCAGCUCGUCCAGCUCCGAAUCCGAGGACACGAUGCAGAUCUUCGUCAAGACGGUAUCCGGCAGCAGCACAAUCCCCCUCACAAUCCCCUCAAACACAUCGAUAAGCACCCUGCGCUCUCUCCUCGCUCUCCGAACCAACCUCUCCACGCCCUCGGAUCUGCGCAUCGUCCACGCCGGCAAGCACCUUUCCUCAUCCGACACCACCUUGGCUGAUUACGCCAUCGGCCCAAACUCGACUCUCCACCUCGCACUCCCGCUCCGCGGCGGCAUGCCCCCAAAGAAGAUCCGUUGUUCCUUCAAGGACUGCAAGGACCGCGCACAACCCAUUGUCGGUGACUGCGGCUUCUGCCAGGGCAGGCACUGCAGCCGUCAUCGCAUGCUCGAGGAUCACAAGUGCGAGGGACUCGAGGACUGCAAGAAGGAGAGCCACGACCGGAAUGCGGACAAGCUGAACAGCGAGCGCACCGUUGCUAUCAAGGGUGUUUAG